AGGGAAAUCAGGUUGCGAGGACAUUUUUCCUUUUCCUGGUGCAUUUUCCUCCCUGGUACUGAGGCCAAAGCGAAGCGGUCUAUGCUGGUACGCUGGGAGCUUCUGAAUCCGGAUAAUACCAUCGAACGUGUAUAGCACGAUGAUUGGACGUAAAGGGUACUCGUUGGAAGUGUACAGGUGGCCGCUCAUCGCACGCAGCUACGGAAAACCAAUGACGAGCGACCACAGAGGCCGAACGUGUUUGUCGUUAGUCGGGAUGUGGAACCCGAGCAGGAAGUUCAGAACAUCGAGAUGGAAGUCAAUAAUGAUGAUAAUGAGAGCGAAUGAGCUUGGCGAAUGUUAAACUGUUGGCGAUGGUUAAACUGCGUUCUAAACUACCUGUCAUCAAUAACACAAGACAUUAGCGCUCACCACGGUAUCACAAACGAUGACUGCAGGAGCCGAACGUUGCUGACAUCUCUGUCGGGAAAAAAGCACCGCAUGGAAGAGAAAGAGUGAGGAGAUGGAGCUGCUCUAUCGUUCUGGAGAAUCGCGGGAGUUCUUCAAGAAACUAAACGCUUCGCAAAAAAGGCUUUGUGCUGCGGGCCGAAAUGUGCAGGCAUCCUGACGAACAGCACUAGGAUGAACACCUGAACAGUGCGCAGGCAGGAGACCAGGAUGGCGUUAAUGAGGACUACACCGGUGCAGUGAACAACGAUGACGUACCGCCCCCGACAACGAGUGAUGUUAAGGAGGUUAUUAACCAGCUAAAGGACCACAAAGCAGCUAGUAAGGAUACACUCGCAGCGGGGCUCUUUAAGAGGAUUGGCGGAGCGGAGCUCACGAUCCUAAAUGGUGCCUUUCAAAUUCUUUCGUCCGUUUUUGUCAUCAAAUGCUAAUAGUAAACAAAUUUGUGGGAGUUUAUCAGAUCGGAUUCAUGUGCGGUUGCUUGACGAUGGACUAUUUUUUUACACUGCGGCAGAUCCUCCAAAAGUUCCGCGAGGAUUAGGUCCCUAAGUUGAUAACAACUGACAACAACAACAGCCGUGAAACUCGAAAACGCAUAGUUAAUGGGAGUCGUAUUUACUAUGGGCUCCGCAAGUCCUUGACAACUCCGACCUCGCACGAGGUGUACCAUAUACAAACCUCCGUGGGUCCCAGGAGAGCCUCACUCUUGCAAAAGAGGCUAUCGUUGGUGUAGUUUCUGUCAAACGUGCUUCCAAGACUUUGGAAUCCCCAGGUCUACAUAACAGAUUCACGUUUUGUGAAAGAUGGUAAGCUCGAAACUAGGACCUAGAUUCCAUUGAAUUUGUAAUUGAAUUGUGGUGUAAUUUGAGGUGCCGCAUGAUAAAUUUGCCUAAUAUGAAAUUCCUUUCUUUUCCAUAUUCCAUAUUCACCGGAGCUUGCUCCGACCAUAUCUCCGGAAUCAGUUGAGCGAUUCGAACUAUAUUCGAAAGCGACAUCUAGAAUUAGAAUACCUUCCAUUUGGCGAUUGCCACAUUCAAACUGGUACAGCAGGUGUCAAGUAUAUUUACUGACACAUUGAGGGUGCUGGUGUUACCCCCAUGGGGUUCCGGUUUCACCCGCACUGGUUGGUGAACUCUGUUUUUAUGUCAGCUUCGAAAAUUGACCAUUACUUGCAAAAUUGCCGUUCAAAAGCACUGAUAUUUCUUAUAUCUCAUGGAAAAUAAUCUAGACAAUGAUUCUGUGAGAGAAACAUAACAAUAUGUGCCAUCAGAUCUCGCAAAACAAUACUUUCCCUUAUGAGGCCGGGCUUGCCCCCAGUUCCCUUAUGGGUUUCUGAAAAUGUACGCAAAUAUCGACAAAAUAGACGAUUUAACUAUUCUUUGAAAUUGUAGAGAAGUUUUUUGUACGGUUCGAGUUCAAACGGUUCCGAGUUCCAGACGUACUUGAGAUCCAUGCAGAAGCGUAUAGCGCUCGUAAGCGAACGCGAGACUACCAACACGACUCAUACGUGCCACAAACGUAGCGCGGUGGAGCGCAUAUUGAGUCGCAGUUUGGUGUAAAUAACAUGUCACUAGCAUUCAAUGACUGAUUAACACAGAGUUGCGCGAUAUAUUUAUUUACUAACACAAUAACCCGACCAGUACAGCCAUACAGUGUCAAACCCACGGCUCUAUAUGAUUGUUCACCAACACAACUACCACAACCGGCAUGACCAGCACGAGAAACUGUGGUUCAGCCACAGCGUCGCGUGAGUCGUGUCUCACGAGCGCUCCACCAUCUCGCGUCAUUUGGCCAAUUUGCGCCGUUCUAUCUGUUUUCAUUAGCCACAAAAACAAGCGCUAUAUCGCGCCAAGUUACUCGCGCUAUAUGCGUCUCAAUUUGCGCCUUGCCUGAUGCUGUUCUUGUUGAAAUCGCCUACGAGCAAAAUGAUGUUUCGAACACCCAGACAUAUACCGCUAUGCAACAAGAUAUUCAACCCAAAUUUGAAACGCUAUGGAGCAAUACCUGAAACAGUAUUGUGAUGAAGAAAUUACAAACUUACUGAACAAUGCGGAUGAUUUGGUACACGUUUCGGUGAACGUCAGCCUUGCCCACCUUCAGCGGAAGCAACCAACCCUAUAUGAAGCAAUUCUACAAUGCAGCCGCGAUGAGCAACCAAGAUGGGAUGCGUGUCUUUUGAACGCUCAAAAAUCUCUGGUAGAAGGUAACAUGUUUCUCGAUCCAGGCUUUCAGAUCAAACAGAACUGCCACGUUCGAUUCGUUAACAUGCCUCAAACGGCGGCAGAGGCGGUGAAAAGAACACCCUUCCCUAGCAACGAUAAUGUCGGUCAGUUUAUGCAGAUCAAAGGCAGCGUAAUUCGUAUGACCCAAGCGCGGUUUCUUGAGUUCAAGCGCGAGUAUGUGUGCAGCCGUUGCAAGAUGGAAUUCCGUAUCGAGGCGGAGUACGAAAAGAACUAUGUGUUCGAUCCACCUAGAUCAUGCCCAUUGGCCACUCAGACGGGUUGCAAGGGGAUUCCCCAUCAGAAGAGUGCCCAACCGCAGGCGGAUUACUGUCGGGAUUUUCAAGAAAUAAGAAUUCAGGAGCUUAUGAGUGAACGCAAUGUUCCCGCAUCGCUUGUGGUUACCCUGGAGAAUGAUCUGGUGGAUAGUUGCCAACCAGGUGAUUGUGUGUCAGUGGUUGGACGGAUUGAACGUCGCUGGGGUCCACUGCAGCCAGGAAAAAUAACUGAAGUCACUGUGGCCAUGAGCGCAAACAGUGUGUCGAAAGAUGAAAACAAGAUGAAUUUGGGAAAGGAUCUACCAGAGCAUCUGGUAUUCGUGCGAGCCGAGUGGCAGAACACGAUUAAAGAGAUCGGUGAGCUGGGAGCGCGGGAUUUACUCGUGCAAUCGAUCUGUCCUGGUAUUCAUGGAAUGUAUCCGGUGAAGCUAGCGAUUGCGAUUUCGUUAGCCAGCUGUACAGAGCGAAUGUUAGGAUGUGGGGCAAAUGUACGAAACCAUUCGCACCUGCUGUUGGUGGGUGAUCCUGGUUUAGCAAAAUCCAGACUGCUGAAAAGUGCAGUUGAGAUAUCAGCUCGAUCCAUUUUUACCACCGGAAUGGGAUGUUCCGCAGCUGGAUUAACUGCCGCCGCCGUCAAAGAAGACGGAGAAUGGCAACUGGAAGCUGGGGCGUUGGUUUUAGCCGACGGAGGCGUAUGCUGUAUCGAUGAGUUCAAUCUCAUGCGCGAACAGGAUAAGACUUCGAUUCACGAAGCGAUGGAACAACAAACGGUCAGUAUGGCGAAAGCAGGAUUAGUCUGUAAACUAAGCACCAGAUGUGUGGUUUUAGCGGCCACCAAUCCGAGAAAUCUUUUCUCCCUUACCGAAAUGGUUGAGAAUGAAAGUGCAAAUUUAGGCGUUGGAGGACCACUGCUUAGUCGAUUCGAUUUGGUGCUAACUUUGGGCGAUACUCGAGAUUGCGAAUGGGACAUCCAUGUGGCCAACCACAUUUUGACACAAUCAAUGGAAGAAGAAGCACAAGAGGCAUUCGAGGAAGUUCCGUCUGGGGGAUAUUGGACUUUGGAACGAUUGAAAACUCAUUUUUUGGCUAUCAAAGAUAUCAAUCCAAAAGUCUCCGAUGAUGCCAAUGCUAUACUGGCUAGUUACUACAAGCUUUGCCGCUCGGACGCAGCUCGUGAUCCAUCCCGUACUACGGUUCGUCUGCUGGAUAGUUUGGUGCGAUUGUCCCAAGCCCAUGCUCGUUUAGUGUUCCGCGAAGAGGUCACAGCGUUGGAUGCGAUAACGGUAAUUCGACUAAUGGAAUCCAGCUGGGGUUUCGGAAAAGUGAUCCAACCAAUGGAUUUGAUUCGUUCGAUGCCUCCACUGGAACCCAGCCGAAAGGAAAUUGCCCAUUUAUUGCAACAACUGCGAAUGGAUAGGAUAACGGACGGGAUUGAGGUAUCCCGAGUCGACAGUGGUAAGAUGGAACAAUACCGGAGAGAGUUAGCCAAAAAGCCCCAAGAGACGAAUUUUGGCAACAAGUGGGAUGAAAUCCUAACACAGCAGAAAACUACACCUGACGGAGAAUUGGAAGGAAGUGAAACCACCUUAAAGAGAAAACAUCUGGAAGCAGGGGAGCUCUAUUCGAAAUAUUCCUUUACACAAAGACAAAAGAAUCAUGUGAAAAAAAUGAAAAAAGAUAUACCUAAAGACCUACAAAAUAUGAAUGAUAUAAACAUGAACGAUCGUGAGAAUGCCAAACCAAAUGCGACGACAUCGGAUCCAAUACAGAAUGCAAGAGAAGACAUAAACAAUCAGCAACUGGAUUGUAUAUUGAGUAGUUUGCGAAAGAAUUUUGUGUCGGAAUUAUACAAAGCUACUCAACCGUCGAGUUCAAGCAACGUUUUGACCGAAUCAGCUCUUGGGAGUGGCAAGUUAGAUACAAGAUUCCCAUCGGCUUUCAGGAGAUCCCAAGUGGCUCGUGAACAGUCGUUUCGAUUGAUGCUCGAUGUCAGUUGCCUUGUGGAGGAUCUCGACGACGAUGCUGGAUUAAACGAACAAAUAAAUUCGACUUCAACCAGAAAGAAUCAACAUUUUUCCGAAACUGAAAGAGAAAACCAUUUGACUCCACCUACCCUGGAAAACGCGGAAAAAGGUGAGAACAAUGAUUUUUCUAAGUUCAGCUUUAAGAGGAAAGUUGCAAAAGAUGUUUCGGAAUCCUCGAAAGCGACAACGACAAACGCCAUAACUGAAAAGAAAGAAGAAUCUCGUUAUCGAUUUGAAUCAAGGCGUAAAACUGAAACUAGCCAAAAUAAGUCUACUUCCAAUACAGUGAAAACAAGUGAUGGAACGCGUAAUCCAAUAAACCCGUCUCUGUCUGAUGAUGAUAGCUUCGAUUCCACGUUCGGUACAGAGGAUAACAUUUUCUCUCGUAGCGAAAAGUGCGCACCAGCUGCUACGGUUUCUGGUGACCAGCCUGUAUCCGAACAAACGCGUAAUAAAUUGCAGAGAUUCCAAUACGUUCCCAAGGAUGUAGGUGCAACUGUAGCUGAGGAAUGUGUAGGAAAAGAGCAGGAUGAUAGCGCUUAUGAGUCUCAACGCCAAGGGUUUUCCAGCACACUAGGGGAAUGUCCUGAUUUAGAUGCCGAAUUAGAAUAUUUAGAUAACAUGAAUUUUUAGUUCGUAAAAUAAAUUUGUGAUCUUUUCCAAAAACAUAGUUUGUUAUGAAAAAUGAAACGAAAAAAAGGCUUAAGCAUAAUUGUUAGAAAUUAUAUGCGUUUUCUUCAUUCUAACACGCUGAUCCCCGUAUCGGUCCCUAGGGACUGACGUUGAGUUUUUCGUUAGAAAAAAGUUGAUCACUGGGACUGACAUGAACAAAAUUAGAAAAUAAUAAAAAAAAUGUUUGUUUUCAGAUUUCGAUAUGUAACUAUUUUCUAGUCGAAUUUUGGACUAUUUUUUAUACAAUAAAUAUCUUCGGGACUGAAUGGAAAGCGCAGCAAAAACAAACCGCGGCUCAACGUGUUAAAUGUUGCUUCUUUUGCUCCAUUCGGUUUAGAAAUAUGGAGAACUCAAACCGGUCAAACCCAGCAGGUUAAACCUUUCAGGAUCAUAAGUAGUCCAAGACUAAAUAUGCCAAUACAACGCAAUAUUUUAGCUAUUGUGGGUUUGAAGUAAGAGAAUAUCACCAGAAAAAACAUAGCAGGGUGUAAAGGUUUCCUAUAAUUUCAUAAAAGUAAAU